AUAUUUGGGGAGGGGGAUUAUACUGGUGCAGAUGAACUCAUGAGGUCAUCAUGUUGGCCCCCAUCUUAUUUGCUCAGUUCUCAGCACUGAGCUUGUCAUUUAAAAGGUGACGGGAAAAGACGUGAAGAAAGUGGACUAGUGCGUCAAGGUGUUUCCCCUGUCACGGUGUUCACGCUUCACACCUAUUCAUCUACAUACUGCUAAAAAUACACCUUAGCCCACAGACCAAAAACUACAUGAUUCACAAGUGCAUCUACUGUACAAAACGCGUUUUUUCGCUUGGUUUUUGCUUCUUUUAUUCUCACUUUUUUCCGUCUCCGUUCUUCCCACCCGUGGCUAGACUUAGAAAGGGGAAAUCCUCUGAUCUCCUUUUAUUCCAGGAAGUCGCAAGACAACUAACUACGUCCCAUCUGGAGACUUUAUAGAAUUGUUUUGGAAUAUAUUUUGCACAGCAUCAGCAUGUAGGUCGCGUUUUAAUACCGACCGAACACCGUGGAUAAUGCGCGUGAAUGAAGCGGAGCACGCGCUGGAUUUACCGUUACCGCUACCGGUGGAAACAAAGAUGCAUGCACGCGCACUCAUUCAUGAAGGAGGAAUGUUUACUGCACUUAUUCGUGUUCUCACAAAGGCCGUAAAAUUUUGAAAUUGUGUAUCCAGGGCUCUCUGGUACUCCAAAUACAAUGUUCCCCCUGAGGACAUUUCUUAUUGCAGCACUGCCUCUGCUGGUCCUGAGCACCAAGCUUGAGCAGUGCUCAUUUAAAACCGUUGUUCAUUACAAUUCUCCUGUGCUGGAGUCCUUGCAGUGUUAUAAUGACUUUACCACUCAGAUGCGCUGUACCUGGGAGGAGGAACCGCACACACACUUGCACAUGCCAAUUAGCAAUGGACAGCCGUGCGUUCCUGAUGGUCAAGGGGAGCUUCAGUCUAGUGGAAAACUCACCCGGAGUUGUAUUUUCAAAAAAACGUAUUUUAGCAUGGGCAGCCAUGACCUCUUCUUCAACACAUCCUGCCCUUCUAAAGUGACAACAUAUAACAUAGCUGCAGAAGGCAAGGUACUAUCCCCAACAAAUUUCUCUGAGAAAAAAGAUUUUGGUGGCAACCGACUGCUGAGUUGGAGCAGCCCGUAUCCUCCGUCAUCCCCUCUCACACAAAAUCUUACCUACCAGCUCAAGUACAGAAGACAUCAACAUGACUGGAUUGUGAUAGAUAAUAUCAACGAUACAAUGUUUGUGAUCGAGAGUCAUGCACUCUUGCCCGCAUACUCAUAUGAAGCUAGGGUUCGAGUGCGGGGUCCUGUAGGCCUGUGGAGUGACUGGAGCCCCGCAGUGUUCUGGAUAACCGAGGAAGAAGGUGUCAUUAACCUGCAGUGUGUAAUUAAGGAAGGAGGGGUGACAUGUAGUUGGCAGGUGAAAAAAAGGCAGGCCGAGUUCCUCUCGUAUCACCUGUGUGGUCACACUAAAGGAACAAGUGUGAAAUGUAACCACUGUGACCAUCAUGCCGAGCAUCCUCACUCUGGAGCCUUUCUAGAAUAUACAUGUUCACUGGAUAGCUCUGAACCUGAACUGCUGACUGUGGAGAUCAGAAGUUUACGAAAGGUCAAGUGCUUUAGUGACCCUGAAAACAUUCAACCACUACGACCAUCCAAUUUAUCAGUAUAUAAACAUGACGGUGUUUGGAAGCUGAAAUGGACCAGACCUAAUGUUUAUCAUUUACUCAAUCUCUUCUAUCAGGUGUACUUUCGAAGCAAUGUCACAAAGGAUGAAGUGGAAUUCAAUCUUACUGAAGCAGUUCUCAGCACAAAUGUUCCCUCCUCCCUGUGGCCCUCUGUAAGCUACAUGGCUAUGGUGAGAGCACAUCCAGGGGAUGUUUUUUCAGGUCGACCCUCUGACUGGUCUGAUCCUGUAUACUUCACCACUGAUCCAGCUCCCUGGAUGAACACCAUAAUUUACAUCUUGAUAGCUGCUUUAGUAGCCCUGCUUUUCAUCCUCCUAUAUAAUGCCCUUCCAGCCUGCCACAGGAGACUGGUACUGUGGAACAUAUCCAUUCCUUCUCCCAUUAACAGCAAAGUCCUAGGGGAAAUGAGCAGUAAGAACUUUCUUGCUUCAGAGACCAAUCCAUGCAAAGAGAAAACCUCUGUGUUUGUUAUUCAGACCUCAGAUAACCCUAUCAUCUAUAAGGGCAGUAUCUCUGAGUACCCACUCUUGAAAUGCAGCAAUGACAUGGACAUGGGCCUCAGCAACAGUGAAUCAGAAUGGCCAAAAAGUUCUUUGUUCAUAGAGGGGAGCAGAAUGACAGACAAAUCUGGCGUAAGCUUCCUUGGACCUUACAUCCUUUGCCGCGAGGACUCUUUAGUGCCAAGUGAAACUUCUUCUGUGUCUCCCCUCUUAAAUUUUGAUGAUGAUGGAAGAUACAUUUCUGAGAUCCCUAAAGAUUCUUUUCAAAUAAAAGGAGGCUAUGUUUUAUCCCCUGCCAAAAACCCAACUUUAGAAUGCUCCACCCCAAUCAAUAAUCAAGUUAGUGAGAACAGAGAGGCCAGGAAUUCCGAGCUCCCUGAUGAUGAUCCCCCGGCCUACACCUCAAGUCCAGUUGCGGUGUCCAGUGCCAUUUUUUCUUACCCUUCUGGAUACUGUCUGAUGCCCAACAUGGAGAGUGUUGCAACAUGGGUGUCUGCUUCUGUCCCUCCACCAGAGGGCUACGCAGAGAGAAGGUUGCAUGAGAUUAAGGGAGAUUCAUCUGAACGCAGCUAUGUGACACUUUCUCAGCGUGAACUAUUUCAGUGAUAAUGGCACAAAUGAAUAUACUAAGGCCAGAACUUAAUAGAUCAAGACAACAAAUGAAUCAGCUAUCUUGUCUAUGCAUUGUGCAAUUUACUCAUGACUUAAUAUGUUGUGGGAACCUCAUACUUAGUAUUUGGCUUCUAGUUAACUUGCCUACUAGGUACAUGAAUGGCGUAAAUGAAUGGUGUGAAUGGUGUAAAAGGUGAUAUCAAACUCAUUUCUGCCCUCUGAAAGUGUUUGUCUGUGAAAGUCCUGACUCAUUUAAUAUUAGAAUUACAGCCAUAAAAUAAUUUAUUUGUUUAUACUGAUUUAAAACAUCUAAUAAGUCGUUUUAUAUUCUGCUGGGUGAACGAAAUGCUAGUGGUAGUGAAAAGUAGUGGUAAAAAUGGUUAAUGAUUGCGCAGGAAUGGGUAAAAUUCUCUGAAGUUGAUGUGGACUAACGUUAUAUCCAUAAAGCAUUCCCUGUGACUUCAGUUCCUGCAGCCACAACAAUCUAAAUCAACUUAAUUCUUUGUGUCUUGAUCAUUUUUAAUAAGCUCUGACACAAGUUCUGUACUUUGUGGCAACAAAACUGAUCUUGAGAAACUUUCCUUAAUGGCUUUUAUAUAUGACCACUUAUAAAAAUAACCACAUUGUCUUCUCUGUGUCUACAGUAUAUAUCCAUAGCUAAUAUAUUUCUUUUCAAAACUGUUUCAAAUAAGAGUGCUCUUUUCUUGGACUAAUUCAUGGGCCAAUAAUAUGAUAAAUGUCUGAUCAUUUAUGGAAAAAAAAUCUCAAAACAGCAACCUGUUUGAAGUCGUAAUGAUGUAAAACUGCAAGAAGUAGCUAUGUUUCUGUAUCAUGCCAGGCUGUCCAGCAGAUGGCAGUGCUGGUGGACUUUGUGAGCACAACAUGCACAUGUGAGCACAACUUAUUCUCUGUUUAAGCAUUACAUUGCACAUGCUUGCUAUACCUGUGACUGAAUGUAAGCUUUUGUGUAACUGACUUAUAUUUGAGCAAAUUAAUUAAAAUGCACAUUUAAUACAAGAAAUGUACCAUUUCCUUAAUUGAGAAUCAAUUUUCUCUUUAGUGCAUGUGUUGUAGUAUGAAGGAGAUAUUUGCUCUUUAAUACAUGUUGUAGUAUGAAGGUCACUUUUACUGCAAGCCACAAACUGCUUUGUUUGUAAAUGCACUGUUUGUUUGCAUAUACACUGUGCACAAAUCUGAGACAGUUUACUGCAUUACUUUAAUAUAAAUUCGCAUAAAUAUAUUGUCAUGCGUAUAUUAUGCCAACUGCAUUAGUCUAACAGUAGAGAAAGAACUAAGGAUGACUCAGCUUUCAUUAAUCUUCAUAUAAUGUGCUUUGGGAUUUGAAAAUGUAAAAUAAAAAAACAAAAAACUGGAUUUAUAUUACUAAAA